UGGCAGCAGUAUGCAUACUUCUGGAGGUGGGGGCGCUGCCGAGUCGGCAAAGUGGUUUCCGAUGCAACGAUCCAGAUCUCUCUUUCCCGCACACGGGAGAUACAAUGUCCAUCUCGCUGGUUGCAGCUGUCACCGUCAUAGUGCCUUUUUUUAUUAUGUGGGCAGUUGAAGCUGCAUUACACAGAGACGAUGAGUACACGCUUAAGAAGAGCAAGCUAUCUGAGAGUGCGCAAAUUGCGGCUCUAAUGUACCGCGACUACAUAUACGGGGCAAUAGUGAAUUUGACUAUUAUGGAAAUAGUGAAGUGCGUAGUGGGCUCACCGAGGCCCACCUUCUUCGAUCUGUGUGAACCGGAUAAGGCCAGCACUUGUAAUGAGCAUUAUGAUCAACAGAACAUAAUGCCUUCUGUUCUGUUCAACAGAAGAGAAGGCAUUAGACAGAAGAGAAGUCAACCUGUUGGUUACUGGAAGUCAACCAACAGGUCGGAGUACGUGACGAGUUACACCUGCACAUCGACGAGGUACUCCAGGUACCUGCAGAUAGAUGCCAGCAGAAGCUUCCCUUCAGCCCACACAUCCCUCGCCGUGUACUGCGGGUUAUUCUUAGCGUGGUAUCUCCAGCGGCGAGCAUUCAGCUGGCAUAACCGAUCUGUCCUCAUAGUUCCUCUAGUUCAGAUCCUAUGCAUCAUUUACGCGGUUAUCUGCCCUCUUACGAGGAUCACCGACCGAAGACACCAUUGGUGGGACGUACUUGCUGGUGCUGUUAUGGGUUUCUGCAGUGUUUUGUAUACUGUGCUUGUGCUAUGCAAGAACUUCUCCCAACCGGCUGUGGUGAGUACCAGCGACAUAUCGAGCAGUGACGGGAACAACCACCAAGCUGUCCGGCGGCUUCUGUCCCACGAGCCUAGAGUGGUAGUGCCGUAA